AAAAAAAAUGAUUAAAAACAGAUUUGAAGCAGUCUGGUGGUUUAUCGUCGAUCGGCAGCGCACGAGUAAGCUUCAGGGACGCGUUCUUCUCAAAAGCAAAACUGAAUUUUUGGAGUUACACUGAGAAGAAAGAAAGACUGGAAGAGAGAGACACCAAAAGCAUCAAGACUGAAACUGAGAAUAAUCGCUCUUCAAUAUCCUGCUUGACUUAGCGCUCCACUUCAAGAAGCGACAUGAGAGUGCAGACCGCCUCAAGAGCAGAGAUCCUGCGCGAAUUUGAGUCUACAUGUCAGGCCCUUGCCGCUUCUGACAACAGAGGCUUUAAGCAGGAAUUUCAGGAGCUGAAAGAUGUCGGUAAAGAUCUUCCAACCAAAACGGCGGACUUGGAGGCUAAUAGAGAAAAGAACCGAUACCCAUACGUCUUGCCAUAUGACCACUGCCGUGUGAGGCUGACCAUUCAAAACUUCCCCAACACCGACUACAUCAAUGCCAGUUUUGUACCUGGUGGAGGAUCUGAGAGAGACUUCAUCUGCACCCAGGCACCCAUGCACCACACCAUGGAGGCUUUCUGGAGGAUGGUGUGGGAGCAGAAUGUCAGGAUAAUUGCCAUGGUGACAGCGCUGAGGGACAGGGACAUGGUACUAUGUGAUGAGUAUUGGUCUCUGGAACCAGGGACAGUUUAUCACGGACCAUUCCAAGUGACAACAAUGGCACGGAAACAAGGCCCCGACUAUUUUAUCUCCACCAUUAACCUCAGACAGAAAGACUCUCCAACAGAUCGGAUCAUAACACACUACCACUAUCCAUCCUGGCCGGACCGGGGCGUGCCCAAAGACCCGUCCUCGCUCUGUAACUUCACAGAUCACGUGCGGCAGCAUUUGGACGCCAUUCCGCGUUUGGGGCCGGCUGUUGUGCACUGCAGUGCAGGUGUAGGACGAUCGGGGACCUUUGUCGCGCUGCUGUGGUUGAUGCAGCUGUGCGUGAGAGGCGUGCGGCCCAAUAUACGAGCGGCCGUGGCUGAUUUACGACUACAUCGGAUGGGGAUGGUUCAAAUGCUGGAGCAGUACAUAUUUGUUCACCAGUGUCUGCUAUACUGGAUAAGCGGAGGCAAGUCAUCUUGCUUAACCCUCUUGGACGACACAAACCGAGAGUUGACCAGGAGAAAUCGUCAUCAUAGACGGAAACAAUCAGCGGGCCAAGAACAAAGCACGUUACAGCAGAUCUUGCAACCUGGGAAGCUACUGCGGAGGAUACUACCUUCAUAGAUACAUCCAGGGCCGCAUAGAUAUUGACCUCAUGGGGGGGCUAGAGGGUGCUGACUGACAAAGGACCUAAAAAAAAUUAUUUUCAGCAUUAACGUCUGAAAACUUUUAAAGGAAUGGAGCAACUGCACUCCUGCUCAGGCACAUGAAAACCAAAGUCAGCAACCAAAAUAUAUGAGAUCAACCUGCCAAGCAUGUCUAACCUGUUUUCCAAACACUGCCAUAGCCUUAAGCGAACAAUGCGGCUAAGUGCACAUUCGUCUCAACAGCUAAAGGUGCCGAUUCAUCUCAAUGUCAAAACACUUGUUUUUGCAUACCGUCACUUUUACACUGUGACUUUUUCUCCUCAAUUAAAAUAUGUUGGGA